GUCAUUUAACAACAUCUAUCAAUCAAACGAAUAUCUAGCGAAUAGUGCCCGCCGCGCGUCACACGCACAGUUGAUUGGUUUUCAGUGACAAAUUAUAAGAUUUUAUAGUUUCUAAAAGUGCAUCCGUGGAUAAAUAUUAAGUGCCAUACCUUCUAAAUUAUUGCACUACACAUUUUGCCGGACAAGCUGCAUUAUAAGAGAGGUUAACAGCACAGCAUUAUGGUUCAGGCUUCAGAGGAAGUAGAGCAGCCUGACCUGCCUCAAGCUGUAAAGCUACUUAAAGAAAUGAACACUAACGUGCAGCAGGUAUCACAACUCGUGGACAACAUGCUAGUGCGCGUCAAAAGCGGAGAACUAUCUACAGAUAAAGGUCUUAGUUUUCUAGAAAUGAAAUAUCAAAUGCUACUUAGUUAUUUAAUUAAUUUGACUUAUAUAGUUCUAAGAAAAUGCUCUGGUGAAAGAAUAGAAUCAGACCCAUCGAUUGAAAGGCUUAUUGAAAUAAGAACCGUUCUUGAGAAAAUUCGUCCUAUUGACUCCAAACUAAAAUAUCAAAUUGACAAACUUGUAAAAACUGCUGUUGUUGGUGGCACAUCAGAAGACGAUCCUCAAGCAUAUCAUGCCAAUCCUGCAAACCUAGUGAGUAAAAUUAAUGACUCUGCAGAAGAAUCUAGUGAAUCUUCAGAUGAAGGUGAAACCAAGACAGACAAGGCUAAUAAAUCAAAUAUUUACGUGCCCCCUAAAUUAGCUGCUGUGCACUUUGAUGAGAGUACCUCAAGAAUUGAUAAUGAUAAAAAGAUGAAAGAAAAAUCAAAGAAGCAGUUCUUGAACUCCAGCAUAAUGCGUGAACUCCGUGAAGAGUAUUCUGAAGCUCCACUAGAAGUCAGCACAGGGAACCAUGUAAAACAGUCAAUAUCGAAAUAUGAACAAGAAAAAACUGAAUAUGAAGAGAAUUACUUAACACGUCUGCCAGUUACAAAGGCUGAGAAAAACCGCAGGAAAAAAUUAUCUACUGUAGGAAUGAUUGCUGAUGAAAUCACAGGUACAAGCAGUAACCGUGUAUCACGGAAGCAUAAAAUGAAAUCAAAGAAAGGUAAAGGUUUUAAGAGAAGGCGUACACAAUGAGAUAAUAUUUUCAAUUCAAUUUUGUAUCAAUAAGAUUGUAUUGUUGUAAAGAAAUGCCUCACUUCAUAGGAUUGGCAACUAGAGUUCCAUGUUAUUGAAUUAAACUUAUUUUUCUCUGUAUUUUUUUGUUUUUUAUGUCACACAAAAACUUGAUUCAUUACAUACUUCUGAGAAUAAUAGUAUGAAUCACAUGAAUAAGUUGGAAAUAUUUAAUUUUGUAAAUGGGUUUUCCUAAAUGUUGUUCACAGAUAUAGGUAGUCAAAUAAACAUAGAGCAGGCAACAGAGUAGUUGUUUUAGUUUAGUAUCUUUACUGAAAAUGAAAUGUCUUAAAAUAUUAUGCACUGCAAGUUGCAUACAAAGCCGAGAAUUGUCUACAAAAAGCUUUGCGAAAGUACAGUAUGUUCAGGUAUCUGCUGUAUAAUACUUCAGGAAACAACUAGUGCUGCAUUGCUUCUGAGAGAAAUGUUCAGCAGAGGUUAAUCAUAUAAUUUAGAAAGUUUGGUAAAUUCUAAAUAUUUCUGCAUGUGUACCUUAUACAACUAGCAGUUUGGUGUAUGUACUGGGAAACCGCUUACAUUUUCUUUACACUCUUUAUUUUAUUUUAGUUAUUUAUUUUUAAAGUGACUAUGUUAUGUGUAACUAAAUAUUUUGUGAAUAUUUUACUUGAGCCUUUUUAAAUGGUUAUUUGAUUCAGAUUUUAGUAUUCGUGUUGUUAUAGUGGCAACAGAAAUCAAUGAUAAUUUUGUAUAAAAGAAAUAAUUUUUUCCAUAAUAGAAUGAAAUUUGAAUACUGGCACUGCCGCUGCCACUAACAAGAUUAAAAAAAUGGAAUAAAACAUAUUAUAGGUCUAACAUUUAUUUUAAUUAAUAAAAUUAAAUUACAAUUUUAUUAAAGGUAAAAUAAAUACAUAACAAUGUUAAUGAAAACGAUUCUGUAUAAAGUAGAUGCAUAGGAAAUUUUAAAAAUUCAUGUUUCAUUACUGACUAGCUGUUUUGAAACAAACUAGUUAUUCAUCCAAAUAAAAAUAUACGAAUUUAAUCAUUUUCAGAAUCACACAGAAUUUCCAAAGUUAAUAUCUCAGUUAAAUGAGCUGGGGUGGACAAAAAGAAUUCAUAAUCCUAUGUUUAAGUUCUAUUUUGUUUUUGUUUGUGUUUGAUUUAAUUUUCGUUUAUUUUUGAGAUUGAAUAAUUAUAAUAAAUUAAUGUAUUCAUAUCUUUUUGUUUUCAUUAUUGUCUAAGGAUUUCUCAAGAUUGGGGAAAUUUUGAAGGCACGUUGCUGGAUCGAAAGAUUGGCAACGGAAUAAUCUCAUUUCACGUAUGUGUCCUAUAGGCGUGUGUGUAUCCAGACACUGGUAGUCACCACGUGGUGGUGCUGUGCCGUGGUUGUGUGUGAGGUCCGACCGAAUCACCCUGUUGAGCAGCCAGGGCGGAGAAGACAUCAUCAACUGAAACAAAAAGUGUCAAGUCAGCUUAUUUCCAC